AGAAUGGAGGCGGUCGUCGUCGUGGCCGCGGCCGUCGCCGUCGCCGUCCACCCGCUCCGCGCCCCGCCCUCGCGUCCCCGCCUCCAAUGCCAUUAACCCUACGCGCACGGCGGCUAGUGUUUCGUUCCCUCGUCCUCCUCCCACCCCUGGCCGUGACGAUGCCGUCCUGGUGGAAGCGCUCCAAGUCCGCGUUCCACCGCUCGCCCGUCACCCCGUUCUCCUCCGCAUCCACGCCGUCCUCUCCCGCGCGGGCGUCCACCUCGUGCGUCCAGCCCGGAGGCCGCGCCGGGAGAAGGGACCUCCUCGCGCCGCCCAAGCUCACCCGCCAGCGAAAGCUGCGCCACGUCGACGACCUCUACGUCGCGCUCGGGGACCUCCGCGUCGACGUCUCCGACAGGUCGUCCUCCUCCUCUCCGCCGCAGCAGAGGCGCCUCGCCACCGCCUCCGAGGCCAUCGAGAUCCCGGUACCCACCCUCGUCUCCAGGUCCGCCAGCGCCAGGGAGGGCGGCGCGCCGCCGCCCAGGUCCGCGUCCUCGCCCGUCCUCCACCCGCUGCCGCUGCCCUCGCCCAGGCCACCGGAUCCGUCCGGGGCCGGGGCCGCCGAUGGGUGGUGCGACAGGACGACGCACGCGCCCAGGGUGACAAGCCAGAUUGCACAAAAGUUUCCUGAGCACAAUGAAUUAUUACCAAAUGGAAUAAAACGGGCUACCUUUAGUCACCACAGGAAUGCAUUCCGUGAGAAGUUCCAGGAUAAGAGUUCGGCAGAAAUUAUUAACUUUCAGUUGAACAUUCCUGCUAAAAGCGCUCCGAGCAGUGGCUUUUCGAGUCCUGUGUGCAGCCCUCGAAGAUUUAGCAAUGCUGACUUCUCAUCUACCGUGGCACCUGCUCAAGGACCCCUUGCGUGGUCCUCUCCAUCUAUCCAAUCGACAGAUUUUAUGGGAGUUUCAUCCUGUCCUGAAAAAUACACGGGGGUUCCAGACCAAACUUCUUUCUCUAGCGGAUUGAGAAGUCCUAUUCUUAUGCCAAGGAUUACCAGUGCUCCUCCAUCACCUAUGCACUCUAAAUUGUACCCAGAUAACAAUAUUUCACGCAUUGAAGGAAAUGGGAGUGUCAGCUUUCACCCAUUACCGCUCCCCCCUGGUGCUUUAAGUCCAAUGCAAACAGGUUUUACCACUCAAUCUGCUCCAAAAGUUGAAAUGCCCUCAGUGGCUGGUCAGUGGCAAAAAGGAAAACUUCUAGGUAGCGGCACAUUUGGUUGUGUGUAUGAAGCUACCAAUAGGCACACUGGAGCUCUCUGUGCAAUGAAAGAAGUUAACAUAAUUCCUGAUGAUGCUAAAUCUGCUGAGUCCUUGAAGCAAUUAGAGCAGGAAGUAAAGUUCCUAAGCCAAUUUAAGCAUGAAAACAUAGUGCAGUAUUAUGGCAGUGAUAUUAUUGAAGAUCGUUUUUACAUUUACCUGGAAUACGUUCACCCAGGUUCAAUUAAUAAGUAUGUCAAACAACAUUAUGGAGCAAUGACAGAAUCAGUUAUUCGCAACUUCACCCGCCACAUUCUAAGGGGUCUAGCAUUUUUGCAUGGCCAAAAGAUUAUGCAUAGGGAUAUCAAAGGAGCAAAUCUGCUAGUUGAUGUUCAGGGUGUAGUCAAAUUGGCUGACUUUGGAAUGGCAAAGCAUUUAAGUACUGCGGCCCCUAAUCUUUCACUGAAGGGAACGCCAUACUGGAUGGCCCCAGAGAUGGUUCAAGCUACACUAAUGAAAGAUGUAGGCUAUGAUCUCGCUGUUGACAUAUGGAGUCUUGGCUGCACCAUCAUAGAGAUGUUCGAUGGAAAGCCUCCUUGGAGUGAUCUUGAAGGGCCAGCUGCGAUGUUUAAGGUGUUACAUAAAGACCCACCAAUUCCUGAAAAUUUGUCCAAUGAGGGCAAAGAAUUUUUACAGUGCUGUUUCAAGAGGACUCCUGCAGAGAGGCCAACCGCAAGCGAGCUGUUGGACCAUCCAUUCAUCCGCAAUUCAAGUCACUACAACAAACAUGGUUCCAUACAUUCAUUUGCAGGGAUUAAAGUCAAUGAUACAACUUACAGUUCAAGAGACAACUGGCCAGCUUCGAAGAGUGACUCAAACAUGAAAGGAAAAAAUACCAAUGUUGAACCAAGCAGAGCUGCUAGGUCAUCCGAAUCAACUUUCCGAUUGGCUCCACUAACAAUCCAGGAAGCUACUCCUAACUUCUCACCUCGGCCUUUUGUGAACAGCAUGCAGUUUACAAGCGUAAACCCUCAGCCUAGUCCAUUGCCAAGGCCUAACGGGAAGGAAGUUUUGUUCUGACCGUGGAUGCUGCAUGCCAUGUAGAGUGCCAUUUCUAUCAGGCGCAGUUCGGCCUCAAUGUGCCUUGCAGAGUCCUGCGCAGUUAAAGGAUGUUGGGUUUUAUAAGAUCAUCUGUGUGACCACGCCACAUUGUGACUGCUCAUGGAGCACUGCACAUGCAGCGUUUGACCUUAACUUCUAACCAUUUUUUAGUAAGGAUACAAACAUAUGAAUUGUACAGUUUACCAGGAUUUGCACGAGAGAUCCUUGAAAGCACAAGCACGGAUGUAAAUUGUCUCCAGAAAUGGUUGGUGUCAUUUUUUUUGGAAGCAUAGAACUAGGACUAGCUCUAUGUAAAACUGAAAGUUCCUUUCAGUCAACAGGAAUUAGGCGUAGCUCUGUGUUGCUUUUGCUGCUCACCAAUGUAAAAAUCAUUCUUUUGCUGUAUCACUGAUUAUUCAUUUUUU